CAGUUCAAUCUUUUUGGUUAUAGGUAUAAGUUGUACGUAUAAAAAAGGUGAUCCGGCCUACCAGCCGAGUAGACACGUAGAAAUUUUUAUCCUAAUCAAUCGUUUGCUGUCGCCGCUUUUGCGCUGGUACCACUCGUUUUAACACGUUCACUAUCAAUUCUUUAAAGGCAGUAAUUAUUAACUCAAACUCAAGAUGGCAGUAAAAGGAUUAAUUGCAUCGGUUGUGCAGUUAUUAACGCAGCAAUUGGAGGAUGGUGAUCUGUCGGAUAAUUCAAGGGAGAGCUUGGAGGUUGCAAUUCAAUGUUUGGAAAGUGCCUACAACGUUCAAGCUUCCGAUGCUUUGCCCAACAUUAAUUUAUUAGAAUUAUACCAAAAUGCUGUUGACAAUGCCAAACCUGAUUUUGGACCUCCGGCUACGCCCGAGGCCAAAGCUGAAGCUGAAAGACUCAAAAAUGAGGGAAACAACCUUAUGAAAGCUGAGAAACACCAUGAAGCUUUAGCUAAUUACACAAAAGCCAUUCAAUUGGACAGCCGCAACGCGGUGUAUUACUGCAACCGAGCGGCGGUGCAUAGUAAAAUAGGAAAUCAUGCUCAAGCGAUAAAGGACUGUCAUACAGCACUUGCGAUAGAUCCUUCUUACAGCAAGGCUUAUGGACGUUUAGGGCUAGCUUAUUCAAGUUUAGACAAGCACAAAGAGGCCAAACAGAGUUAUCAAAAGGCAUUGGAAAUGGAACCGGGUAACGAGAGUUACAAAAUGAACUUACAAUUGUCUGAAGAGAAACUUGCCCAGCAGGGCGUAGGCUACAUGGUUCUUGGAAAUAAUUCGGCUGGAGGAGCAGGAGGAGCUGCACCCAAUAUGGAUUUGAGCUCCCUACUCAGUAACCCUGCGCUUCGAAAUAUGGCUCGUUUAAUGCUCUCUGACCCUGGAAUGCAAAACAUGAUGAGUGAUUUAAUGAGCGGAAAUGUAGAACAAGGAGGCCGAAUGGAAGCUCUGAUCGAGGCGGGUCAACAGCUGGCACAGCAAAUGCAGAGUGCAAAUCCUGAUCUGAUAGAUUCUCUGAGACGUCAAAUGGGAGGAAAUCCGAACGAUCCAGAACCUCCGCAAGAAAAUUGAAAAUCCCAAAUAAGACUGCCCCGUUUAAAGAAAAAAUCAUUCUUUGAGUCGUUAUUUUCAUUAUCAACUGUGCAGAAAUAUGUAGAGUACCUCGGUAUUCUUUAAAAUUUUCCCUCUCAUUGUUAGAAUUAUAAAAUUCCCGAAAUCUCGUCACCGUCACUGACCAUCGUCUAAAUCUUUAACGAUUUGAUAAACACACGUCUGAUCUACACGUUUUUCCUUCUAAAUGACUUGUUGAAGAAUUACAUGAACUACAGCAACGAAUACAACCUGUUUUCAAAAUUCAAUGAAAACAAGCCUGAAAUAUGCUUUUUAAAAAGCAUUAAGGUGGUCGCGAUUCUUAAAAACCGACGUCCCUUGUAUACAUGUUUCUUUAAUAAAAUAGACUCUAUUAUGCAGGCCGUAAAAUUUACAUGUGUUUGAUCAAUUCCGGUCCAACUUUUUAAAGUACCACAUUGAAAUACAUUAUUAUUUCGUAAAUUUCGGCAGCCAUUUUGAAAUGCAGUUUUAUUUUAUAAAGGAAAUCAUGAUUGAGUUGAAACAAAAAUUCAUCCUGCGUUUCAAACUUUGCAAAAGUUGGAUCUUAUUUUCAAACGCAAUUUCCAAAUAUGCUAGAAUAUGACGAUAGAAAUGGUGACGAGAGGAUUUUUCAUCGAUUUUGCCAUCUUAAAUUUUACACAAGACAGCAUAGACCUAAGAAAGUCUGGUUAUUCCGUAGAACGGGCUGUUUAUCGAUUCCGGAAACCGAAAGUAACCUAAUUUAGGCGAAUUUUUAGAGAGUAAAGAGGUAUUGGACAUUGUAUAAUAUUAGAGAUUAGGAAGGCUAUUUCAUUGGUAUUCCAAUAACUUAUGCGAUAGCGCACCACAUUGUAACUAUUUUUUUCCUCUGUUCGUUCUAUUCUAUGUUUUGCUUAGGCUUCCGUUUUCUAUUUUUGUACAUAUAUAUUGCAAAAUGGUUUCACGAAAAUAUACGUUUUUAAUACGUAUCAUGUUUAAACACUACACGUAUAAGUAUAGCACACGAAUAAACGACGAUGAUUUGCUGCAUUUUUGGAUUGAUCAACGAUCGAUUGUAAACCUUUAGCAAAAGUUUAGUAAUAUAUGCCUCAAUAUUAUACGAAUUGUUGAGUAUAAUUAUGAAGUGAAUGCUGUAAAAACUAAGAAAAAAAAUCAGGGGAAGAAUCAUGCUAAAAAAUCGCCCCUUAAAUUAUCUGUACACAUGCAUACAUAUAUACUUACACUUAGGUAGAUGCAUAGUGUAAAAGCAAAUGGGAAAAAUCACAAUAUUAUACUAAUUUAUAAGGUGUUAAAUAAAGUAUAGACGAUUAUAAAUGAAUUAACAAUUCAAAUUGUGAAAUCAAUUAAUCUAUAUAGCAAACAA